AUCACUAUUUCACAUACUUUCCAUAAGAGCAAGGAUUUGGUAUUUUACCAGAAGACGCAAACCCGGAACCCUAACCUUGGGGACAGGCAACCAACAAUGGCGUCGUCGUCGGCGGCAAAGCGAUGCCACUACGAAGUCCUCGGCCUCCCCCGUGAUUGCGCCCCCGAUGAGAUCCGUUCAGCCUACCGCCGCCUCGCCCUCCAGCGCCACCCGGACAAGCUCGUGAAAUCGGGUCUCUCCCAAGAAGAAGCCACCGCGCAGUUCCAGGAACUCCAACACGCCUACGAAGUCCUCUCCGACCCCAAGGAACGCGCCUGGUACGACUCCCACCGCUCCCAAAUCCUCUUCUCCGACCCCAACACCGUCUCCAACUCCUUCGUCCCCGACCUCUUCUCCUUCUUUUCCAACACCGUCUAUUCCGGCUACACCAACACCGCAAAGGGAUUCUACAAGGUCUAUUCCGAUGUAUUCGAUAAAAUCCACGCCAACGAGAUCAAUUUCGCGCGCAAAUUGGGGCUUGACUCUGAUGCGGUUAGACAGGCGCCUGUUAUGGGUAAUUUAGAUAGUCCAUACGCGCAGGUUACUGCGUUUUAUAGUUAUUGGUUAGGGUUUUGUACUGUGAUGGAUUUUUGCUGGGUGGAUGAGUACGAUGUUAUGGCCGGGCCGAACCGGAAGUCGCGGCGGAUUAUGGAGGAGGAGAAUAAUAAGGUGAGGAGGAAGGCGAGGAGGGAGUAUAAUGACACUGUGAGGAGGUUGGGGGAUUUUGUGAAGAAGAGGGAUAAGAGGGUGAUUGAUAUGAAGGUGAAGAGGAGUGUGGAGGAGGAGAGGAAGAAGGAGGAGGAGAGGGAGAGGAAGAGGAGGUUGGAGAAGGAGAAGAAGGAGAGGGCUAUGGCGUACGAGGAGCCAGAGUGGGCUAAGGUUGACGAGGAUGUGGAGGAGGUGGUUGAGGAGGAGGUGGAGGAGAGGGAGAAUGAGGAGUUAUACUGUGUGCUGUGUAAAAAGAAGUUUAAAAGUGACAAGCAGUGGAAGAACCACGAGCAGUCCAAGAAGCAUAAGGAGAGGGUCGCUGAGUUUAGGGGUUCGAUUGGUGAUGAUGAGGAGGAUUUGGAAGAAGAAGAAGAAGGAGAGGAGGGAUUGGAAAGUGCAGAAGUUGGGGUGAAUGAUGAGACUGAUAAUGGGAUUGGUGAUUUGGAGGCGAGGAUUAAAAAUGGUCUUAAUGUUGAAGAGGGGGAGACUAGAAAUGGGAUUGAACUGAAUGAUGAUGAUGAGUUUAUUGAUGCCUCACGUGUGAAGGAAGGCGAAGAGGCCGGUGUGUCUGUUAGUUUUGAUGAGGAUGGCAAUGAAGAAGAAGAAGAAGAAGAAGAAGAAGGUGAUAUUGAAAAUGGUGUUCUUGAAGCAAUGGUGGCUGGGCACAAGAACAGAAAACCACGAGCUUCAACACACAAACCCAAGACUUCAGUGGCACCAUUGCCAAUUGAAAAUGAGAAUGAUGAUGAGCUUGGCCCUAUGGAAUAUAACAACCAAAAGGGGGCAAGAAAGAAACGUAGAGCCAAGAAAGAGAAGGGUAGGAAAAAUUGGGAAGAGUCUCAGGAGGCUGCUGCCAGUGGGGAUUAUGAGGAUAUAAUCAGUAAUGCAAAUGAUAAUUCUCAUGCAGAGGAGUCUUCUUCCCAACAUUUUAUGGAAAAUGAGGAUAAUGGUAUAGAGAAUGAGCAGGUUGGUAGAGAUGAGAAGAUUUCUAAUCAACCGGCUGAUAAAAAAGGUAGAGAUAAGAAUAUUUCUCAGCAAGCGGCUGAUAAAAAAGGAGCUGGCAAGGACACAAAAACUAAAGCAAAAGUUUCAUCCAAAGGAAGAAAAGGAAAAGUGGCAUCAAAGAAUGUUGGCAAUAUUUGUGAUGCAUGUGGAGAGGAGUUUGAGACAAGGAAUAAAUUACAUAAACAUCUUGGCGAUUCUGGGCAUGCGACAAUAAAAGGUCGAUGAAGGAAACAACAGUUAGAAUUAUUCAAGUUAAGCGUUCCCCCGAGUAUAAGGAGUAUUGUUCCAGGUCCAGAUAUUGGCCUGCUCCAAUUAUUGGUCCAUUCUUUAAUUCUUAAAAUAUAGUGUUAAAAUCAUUUUCAAGUGAUCCUUAGGCAGAAAUCAUUAUGUUAUUUAUGCCACGGUUGAGAAAGAUAUGGAUACAGGGUCUGCACAAAUUUGACGGGAUCCUUUUGUAUGUCAACAUAGUAAUAGAGAUUGGAUGAUUUAGUAAUAGAGAUUGAAUGAUUCUAAAUUUUCCUUUUAAUAUUUUGAGAUAUUGGGUGUUUAAAUUUGUUUGUCAAGAUUUUUUUUUAAUAAAAUAAGCAGUUUCCUGCCU